GAAUCAUCAAUGGGCUCCACUACCAACAUAGUUCCAAGAGCUUGCCGGAACUGCCGGAUCCGCAAGAUACGGUGCAGUCGAGAGAUCCCUUGUACCAAUUGCAUCACAUCAAAGAUCACAUGCCAAGAAAGUACCAAAGAUGUUACUCGCCGUUCGAUACACGCAGGAUCGGUGCCAGAAAGAGACCAAGACAGCAUUGAAUCCCUGCGCAAAAGAGUGACUGCUCUUGAGCAACAGCUCAACAGUUUAUCAUCAGAUCGUAACACCCAGGUCUCUGAGCCUGCCACAUCAAAUGUGCUCUCACCGACAUUGGCGCAGUUAACACCACAACCCAGCCCAUGCCAUAUAGAUCUAGCAUCGCUCGAGGGCGAUUCUUCAUUUAGGAAACAAGCUCUUCUUGCAACUGACAUUACCGAGUUUGGGUCACUAGCCGGUAUCGGGUCACCCCAGGUUGUUGACAAGAUCUCCGGUCUACGCAAGCUCCUUGAACGUAAAACGUCCGACGGAGAUACGCCUCAGUGCCGAGAAUGGAAGCAAUCUACAAGCAUAACCUUGCAAGGAAACUUGCCUCCAGCUGAUUUCGUCAUUCGCUUGUUGCGCGCAGUGCAAGGUAGGUCGCAAUAUGUUUUCGCCCUCUCGUCUCCGUCUGUCCUAAUCCGCAGCUCAGGUUCAGAUUGCCUGUUGACUUUAUACUUCCCUAUAGACAUGAAGCAGGUCGAGGAUUUGUGUCGUCGCGUAUACUUCCCAGUACAAGCUGCCACAGUUGGAGAACUAACCCUUUUAAACGCUAUGCUCGCCGUCAUCUUAUGCAGCCUUCAGUGUUUCCCGCAACCAGAAUUUUCUGAAGAAGAAGUUGCAAAAUACCUGGCUGUUUGCAAGGAGAACCAGCUCACGGGAAUAGAAACAUACGAGGUCAACAUGGUCUCGACCUUUGAGCAUUGUCUAGUGCUGUGCAUGGCGGCAAGUCUCUCUCUCGCCCAAAAGGCCCAAACUGAAGGGGACAUUGCACUUCAGUGGCGCUUGUCCUCGACUGCUGCACGGCAUUGCCUCGUCCUUGGCUACCACAGGGAGCAUGUAGUAGCAGCAAUGCCUCCAGAUGAAGCAGACAGAGUUCGUCGGCUCUUCUGGAGCAUCUAUUUCUCAGACAAGAGUACUGUUCUCAGUCUAGGGAGAACUUCAACUAUCCAAGACCUGGAUGUCGAUCUCGAACCGUAUGCUAUCUCUUCUGACCCUGGACGAGAGUCAUGGGACACUUCAAUGUGGAUGUUUAUCGAUUACGCGAGGAUCCAGGCAAGCAUAUACGAGCACCUCUACUCCCCGGCAUCGCGCAGACGCAGCACCGCAGACAGACAAAUCAUCGUGGAUGAAACAACUAAGCAGCUUUCUAAUUGGUAUGAGUCAUGGAAUCAACUCGACACUUCGAAAGCAUACAACAAAAAGCUCUUUGACAAUACGUUUGGGCCAGUCGAUGUGUCUUACUACUCUAUUCUAACGCUUGUUCACCAUGCUCUGGACCUCUCGACCUCGAUCAGAAUUAUUUCUGAUCCUUGCCUUGAGGCAGCAAAAAAGGGGCUGCAGUCACACGUGUCGGUGCAUGCCCAAUAUUCCCUAUUGGAGCCCCAAUCGUUGGCCUUCUUCGCGGUGUGGGUUCAUGUCUACUGUCCCCUUACUCCGUUCGUCGUAAUAUUCCUACACUGCAUGACAAAUUCCGGCACUGGAGACCUUGAUUUACUCAAGGGAUCACUAGACGUCAUGGACCAGACGAGCAGUCUAGCCAAGUCAUGUGAAAGACCAUAUGAGUUUUGCAAAUAUCUCUACAGCAUAGCAGAGGCACAUAUGUCAGUCUGUACAGAGAAUCGGGGCGAAACCGCUGACAAGGUGGACUUGGGUUUGACUUCUCCACAUUACCCUCCGAGUGAGAACUGGCCUUUCCCAGAUUUGAAUCUCCAGCUCAUCUCGUCGGCUUUCCCAUCAAGUGAUUGGUGGGCGCCUCAUACGAGCUGA